AUGCUACAACAACAGGCAGAUUUCGUCAAUGGAGAUAUCUCUACAACAUCGAUAUCAUACACGAAACAUGCGAGUACCUCAUCAAGCGUAUAUUCCCCAAUACAGCUGGAGUUUAUUCCAAGCUCAUCAGCAGCCAUCCAAGAAGAAGACGAAGACGAAGAUGAAGAAGAAGACUUUACCAAAGAGAAUAACGAAUUGGAUUUGAAUAGAAAACACAGCCAUGUUACCAACAAUAGUAUGCCGAAACUGUAUUAUAGAAGCAAUUCAGAAGGAACCCUUUCUUCUUCCAACAAGCAAAUGACUACAGACGUGUCUAAUCAAACACUACAAACCUACAUUACAGCACAUGCACCAAGCUCACCAACUUCCUCAACAUCUUCAACAUCGUCGUAUAAUGACCACCAUAAUACUACACUAAGAACUCUAUAUCCACAACAACAACAGCAACAACAGCAACAAUCUUAUGUUAAUCAAUAUGCCGAACCCACACAUUUGAGCUUAUCCUCCAUCAACCUCGACAAUAGGUCAAUUGACAAUGACGAAACUCCAAUACUAAAUGAGGCCGAUAGGUAUCCUGACAAAACACCACUUUUCAAUCCAUCAGACCGAUUUGUCGACAAUACAUUGCAAACUAACAACCAUCAAAAACAUUCAGGUGCUUCUUUAUCUACAUCACAAGAAGAAAUCGCAGAAGAAGAACCCACAAGGUUAUUACCCCAAAGAAAACUAAGCAAAAAAUUCAAGAGACUCUCCAUGACUUUGCAGAACACAAAUGCCUCGGAAAACUCAACCCAGUUUAUGAAUAAUUUUCACCAGAAUGUAACACGAGAUAGGGAGCAACCAUCAAGUUUUGCCACUACGACUACCUCUGAAGAACAAGAGAACCUGAACAGGAGACAUUAUAAUGCCAAUGCCAAUGCCAAUGAUGAUGAUGAGGAUGAUGAGAACAGUAAAGUAUUUGGAUUAACGAGAACCAGCACUUAUUAUCGCAAAAUUAACGAAAAACCAGAUCAAUCACGAAGCAAGAGCCAAACCCGGUCGCUUGAUGGAUUAGGCCAAGUUAGUCCAUCCAAGGAUUCAUUUAAAAGUCACGAGGGCGCAGAAACAUCAAUGCUACACGACCACCAAUCCGAACUUGGCUCCUUAAGCAGUAGUCGUGCUUCAACUUAUAGCGAACAAUCAAGCUAUCAAAGCCGAGAAGAAGUUGAUUUGGCGUCGACAAACUCAUCGUCGAAUUUUGUGUUCAAUAACGGCAACAGUUAUCCAUCAAGCUACAAUAUACGAGGAACGCAAGCAAGCGAUGAUGAAGUUCCCGUACGAAAAGAUUUGCUUGAAGGGCAAACACCAGUGGGAGAAAGAUUCAAGACGUACAAUAAUAGCACAAACGACAAUAUUGCACAACAAGGAGGAUUAAACAUUUUCUAUAAUGAUAAUGACAAUUUUAAUACCAAUACUAGUCCAUCACGAAAGAGUUUGAGAGACAAGAGAAGAAGCCCCACACCAAGCUCAUUAGAGGAUGAAGAUUUGUCCUCUUUAUUUAUACGAGCACUCCACUCGUUUGACUCGUCAACACUUCAGUCAGAAUCAGAUGCAUCGAUCUGUCUUUCAUUCAAAAAACACGAUCUUGCAUUUGUCCACUCAAUUGAUGAAUCAGGGUGGGGUGAAGUGACGCUUGUUAACUCCUUGGAGAGGGGUUGGAUUCCAAUGAACUACUUUACAAUCUCUGUAUCCGACAAGGACGUUGACGAAGAAGAGUCAGGUGAUGUUAAUAGCCAAAUCAAUAAAAGCAAAAACAAAAUCAACAGCAACAGCAACAGCAAAAUCAACAGUAACGGCGACAAGGAUGAUGACGAGGAUGAUGACGAGGAUGAUGACGAGUCAGAUACGGAGCAAACAGAUCUUCCAAAUAGCCGCUACCUCAAAACUCUUUUCCAUGCAUGUGCAAAGUUCUUGCUCAACCCAUUAAGCCAUGCAACUCGAAGAGGCAAAUACACAUUCUCUAUCCGCGUCAUAAACUCAAUCAGAGAUGGUGUCAGAUUACUUCUCCAACAAACAGAUUGUCUCUCGAGAUCCAACGAGAUUGUUACCAAAAGACAAAUCGUGAGGAAAGCUAGGAAAUCUUUACUUGCAGAUUGGUAUAACUUGAUGGUAAAGGCAAAUGAGUUCAAAGGUACUUCAAAUUUUGACAAGAUUGAGAUAUUGACAUUGAUGGUGUAUCAAGUUGCAAGCAAGGCCAUUGCCUUUCUUGAAAUUUGGUCGGUUGAAAGCAAAGAAGUUUUAAAAGAGCACCACCAACAAGAAAUUGAAAACCAGCAUCGAGAGCAAGAACAACACCAUGAGCACCAACAAAGGACAAAUGAUAACGAUCUCAAUAAUUUCCCCUUGCUCAAAUCUCCUCCACUCGCCAAACAAAGAAUUACAGAAAUCAAUGGAAUAUUAUACUCCUAUUUGGGCAUCAUAAUUGGUCGUUUAGACUUGAUUGAGCAUAAUCAAGUAGGAUGUGAAAUUUUGGAGACUCUAGCACACCAGAUCAUUUUGCUUUUACGUGAACUCUUGUUUAUAUCCAAGAGUGGAUCUGAACUCAGCUCAGAAAAACCGAGCGAUUUAGAUGGAUCAUUAGAUGGAUUGCUUUCAUUGGUGAGUGAUUUGGUAACUGGGGUUAAGAAUCUUGUGGUGAAAACCAUAAAUGAAGGUGAAGUUGAUAUUGCCCAGCACUUUAACCUGCAAAAAGAAUACUUCUAUACUGAGGAAGGAGCUACAUUAUUGCAAGUCGCAGCAAAGAUGAUUAAAUCAAUAAGCACCACCAUUUAUUCUGUGCGGAAGUUACUCAGUCUGACCGGAGACUUCAGGUUGAAUCCAAACAGACCAUACCCCGAUUUCUUUCGCAUGCGAGUUGAACCACAGGAUUUUGUUAAAAGAUGUAUGAAGGGUAUCAAAGGGGGAAUUAAUAACCAGAACUUGCCAGGAAACACUAUAACAAAUAGCAGUAAUAACAACAAACAGAAUGGGGUACAAAAUGAUGCCCUUUCUUCACCUGCCGUUAGUAGACCUUAUAAGGCAAAUAGGUAUUCAAUGGUUCGUUCAGGGAAAACAGGAGACUUGGGAAUCACUGAGAGUGGCUCAAGUUUCCUCCAACAACUCGAGCAAUCGCCAUUCACAGUUGCUGCUGCCGAAUUUGAACCAUUCACAACAACUACUGAGAAUGGUAAUGGUUCUUUGACAAAUGGAGCUCUGUCCGGCUCCGCUGUCUCUGGCACCUCUGCCAAGUUUAACGCCUCCUCAACAGCUACUGCAACAACUACUUCUAAUACAGUCGCUGCCUCACAUCCGGAAAAGGAGCUAGUGCUCGACCAACAUGGUCGACUUGUUGGUGGCUCGUUCAAAGGCUUGGUGUACACACUCACUAACGAGGAUGCUCCACCUGAGCACUUUUAUAUAUCUACUUUUUUCAUCACAUUUAGAAACUUUGUUACCGGAAUUGACUUUAUCGAAGAGUUGAUUACUAGGUUUGAGGUACAUAAAGUCAAGGUUAAUGACAUCAACUAUGAGAUCAAGUUGAGAAAACGAAGAAGGUUGAUUGCACGCAUGUUUCAGUUGUGGAUGGAAAGUUAUUGGAAUCAUGAAACUGAUUAUAGCUUGUUGACAACAUUAAUCAACUUUUACAACGAAGGAAUUAGUAAUUUCUUACCAUUGGAAGCAUUGAAAUUAAUCGAAAUUGGGGCCAAAUUAUCGUCAAAACCAUUGGUGGAGAACAGAACAAGACGUAGCAAGCCAAUGAAGCAGUUGGUUGAACGUCAUAUUAUGGAGAGAUCAAUUUCAGACUCUGACGAGAUUGCUUCUUUGAAUGACCAAUUUGACAUCUCGAGAUCCAGCUCAGUCUCGUCUAGUAUGAAAUCAUUGGAGGUUCCUAUUACUUCAACUUCAACAUCGGCUUCAACGUUAUUACUCAGUAGUAAACAAUUGGAGACUAUUGAAAACAUCAUUAUGACGUAUAGAACAAUCCUUGGUGCAAGUUGGUGUUCAACGAAAUAUCUCGAGCAUUACAAACCAUUGAAUUUGCAGAAUUUGAUGCCUCAUUUCGCAAUAAUAUGCGACCAGAGCUGGGUGUUGUCAAAUUACAGACCAAAUCUACUCGACUUUAAUGGUCUUGAGAUUGCUAAACAAUUGACCAUUAUUGAAUCCACAAUCUUCACUGCAAUUCAACCAGAGGAAUUACUUAAUCAGAACUUUACAAACAAGAGAGCUCAUUUGAAACUCUCACCCAAUGUUCGUUUAUCACUUCUUUUCACCAAUUGCUUGUCAAAUUACGUGUUGGAAUCCGUGCUUCAACCAAAUCUCAGCGAUAAAGAACGAGUCAAUACAGUAAAAGUUUGGCUCAAGAUCGCCAUCUCAUCAUUAUACCUCCGAAACUUCAAUAGUCUUGCGGCGAUCAUUGCCGCAUUGCAAAGCCACUUGAUUACCCGUGUUGAUUUUCUUUGGGCCAACUUGUCACAAAAAUACAUUGAUCUACACCAAUAUUUGGCCUCAAUUCUUAGCAUGGAAAAGAACUAUACAACAUAUAGAUCCAAGAUUCGUAAUUUGCUUGCGUCGUCGUCCAACAAACAAAAUGCACCAAUUCCAAUCGUUCCUUAUAUCAACUUGUUUAUUUCAGAUAUUACAACCACUACAGAGGGUAUACCAAAGUACAUACCAAGUGCACAAAAUUUCCUUGGUCGCAAAGUCAUCAAUUUCCAGAGGUACUCCAAGAUUGUCAAGAUUAUUGCUGAUCUACAGCAACUACAAGUACCUUAUAACAAUGGUAGUGAUACUGCAAGUCAUGCGUUGAUUGACAGCACUGAUGUUGGCGAAGUUGACUAUGAAGUACAAAAUGUGCCGGCAUUACAGGAAUUGAUUUUGCUUGAGCUCUGGAAAGUCAAUAUCUUGCACAAAAAUGAUGAAGAUCGAGGAUGGAAGUUGAGUUGUGCAAUCGUUAAUGGUAAGUAG